AUGUGCGCGUGUAGACAGAAAUCAUCAUUUCUUAUAGACGACAUAUUGAGUGAUGCUAAAAAGCCCCACAAACCGAGUAGUACUUUAAAGUCAGAAUCUCAAACUGUUAGCCAAGAAAAGAAGGUUCCAGUAAAAUAUAAUGACCUGGAGACUAAAUUUAAUGUUAUAACCGAAGUGGACAGAGAACUGGAGUUAACUAGGAUGAAGGCAAAUUUAGAGCAAAGACGGAAUACGUAUCCAUUAUAUCCCACACCGAUUAAAGCAAAUGUCCCAUGGCCGUACAAGGUGAAGGGCUACCCCAUGGACGCAAGACAUAUCAGUUUUUACAGCGACCCCAUGCUAAAAUCAGACCAAAUUCUGAGGAAUCAACUCGCUGUUAAUAGAUUUAUGCCGACGUCUUAUAGCCUGCGACAGCCGUACGGAUUUGACAGAGCACCCUCUUGCUGUAACCCGUGGUGGGGUGUUGGUAUUCGACGGAAGGGCGGUCAAGUGCGGUUUAGUGCAGCCCAAACCAGCGCUUUAGAGCGUCGUUUCCGUGCCAGCAAAUAUUUAAGCCCCGAUGAGAGGAGGAUGCUGGCAGUGUCUUUACGGCUUAGCGAUCGGCAGGUUAAGACGUGGUUCCAAAAUCGUCGCGCGAAAUGGAGGAGAACAACGCCUGAGAGCGCAGACGCGGGGAGUCCGCCCACUGCUGAGGAGUCUGAUGAUGAAGUACAAAUAGCUGAUGAAGAU